CCCACUCUUGAAAGCUCCAAUCGGAAACCUUAUAUAGACUUGAUAGACGUGAAAGUUCCAAUUUUUAGGGUUUUGGGAGAAAUUGAUUCGUCUUCCUCCAUGAAAUCUCUGCAAAUCUCCUUCUCUAUUACAGAUCAUCGCCAUGAGCAGAAACGAUGAAAGAGAAACCAGAGCUCCCUCUCUCUUCAAGGGAGCCAUAUCGAAGAUCGCAGUCGCUCAGAUUUGCCAAUAUGUAGGCUUCACCGGCUCACAACACUCAGCCCUCGAAGCCCUCUCAGAUAUCGCAACCAGGUACAUGGAAGCCCUAGCAAAGUCCGCUUCAUCAAAAGCCAACUCCUGCUGUAGAACUGAAUGCAAUCUAUACGAUGUGAUUCACGGGAUCGAGGUUAUGAACUCAGUACAAGGUUUUCCUGGUGCUUCGGAAAUUAACAAAUCGCUAUUAGAUUCUGCAAUUAUAAAGGAUAUCAUGAGUUUCGUGAGUUGGGUCGAUGAGAUCCCCUUUGCAAAGCCGAUCCCUCGCUCUAAUAAGGGAAAAAGAUCACGUGUUUCGCAAUGUUUGAGUGAACCCAAAGAGGGUUACGAUCAAAACAGGGGAUUCUCUCACAUUCCGUCAUGGCUACCGGCGCUUCCUGAUCCGAGUACGUACAAGAAUAGUGAAGCUGGAGUUCGUAGAGAAGAAAAGAAUGAUUGGGAAACUAAUGGAGUUGUUGAUGUUGACGGGUAUGGUUGUGAGAAGGGAAAUGAUUUGGAGGAGGAGAAGAGGGUUUUGCCGAUUGAAAGGGCGAAGGUGAGAUUCAAAAUGGAGUUAGGGCUGAGAAACGGGAUUUGCAGAGGAAAUAAUAAAGUAAAAGGGCUUCAAGGCAAGGACGGAGCAAGCAAGAUCAGGAACAAGAAUAGAAAAAUAUAAUUUGAUUUUUUGGGUUUUUUUGUUUUUUUCCCUAUUUUUUAGGGAAAUUAAAAUCAGGCAUUAACUUUAGCGGGGAAUGCAUAUUAGGGUGGUUAUAAGAAUCGAACUCACGUCUCCACGAUCGGAAGAUUUCAAGCUGACCAGGCAAACACGUUUAAUCACUACAUGGAUAAGAGUUGCCAUAUAUGUCCCAACCGCCUCAUGUGAGAAGUUCAAGCUCUAGAGAAGCAAGUUUAUGAUUGGUAUGUCUCCGAUUUGAUUUUUAGUAAAAGCAUAUUUAAAAAUUUACCAAAAAAAAACAUAUCAAAAUUUUUUUUUUUGACAGAAUUUCUCAUUUCAAAUUAAAAUUGUAAUUGAAUUAUGUUAAUCAUUUUUUUGAGGAAGGUUACACCUUCAUGGAGGCCAAUGGGAGUUCACGUGGAAGUGUCAACAAGAAAUUGUAUGCUUCGAUACCAAAAUUGGUUUCAGAUCCUCCAUAUCCUACGUUGAUUUGUAUGCCUCAAUACCAAGAUUGGUUUCAAAUCCUCCAUAUCACUCUUUUUCGUUGUUUUGCCAUGUUUCCCUAUUUUUCUUUUACUUUUUAUCUUGGCAGAUCCAUGUAAUGACUCCAUUUAGUUGGAAAAAGACUAUGUUACUCUUUCAUUUAA